UAUAGGCCAACAAAACGCAUACCAAAAAAUUACACUCUAAAUGUCUUUACUAUCCCUAUGAUGUUAUCAUCACUUGUGUUUAAACUGUAGUACAAUAGAUUUUAGCCUGUCACCGAUCCACAUGGUAGGACUUUAUGGUCUGGAAUGUUUGCUGUAAUCUGUCUUCCUCUGCAUCCUGCUUUAUCUGUGCAUUUUGUCACCAUAUUGAACCUGUCCCUCUGACUUAAUGUCAGUAUUUGCCAUCUCACUGUUGUCAGUCCUGUUGGCAUUUCAGGAAUUCUCAUUAAUUUUGAGUUAUUUUUUAUUACAUGGGAGUAUUCUAUAUACUUCACCAAAUCAUAACUCUAACUCAUAAAUCAAAUCAAAUUAAGCCCAGUACCACUUCCUGCAGUUUCAACCCCAAUAUAUUUACAAACAGAAUGAGGAGGUGACAAGACACUCCCUAUAUCUUGCUGCCCUUGGAUCACUACGCAUUUCCAUCUGGAAGGUUGCUUCUCCACAGUGAUUUCACAUUACAGGAGGGUUUUCCUUCUUUGUUUCUCAGACCUGGUCCUGUAGACCGGAAGGAGCCUGGACACAGUGACACAUUCACAAAGGCCCUGCAGGACCGCCAUGGCUUAUGAUGACUCCGUGAAGAAAGAAGCCUUACCUCUGCAAGUCUGUGUCCACCUGCCAAAUCACAACUAAGAAACCAUGUCUGAGGACGCGCACGGGGCCUUGCAUAGCGUGGCAGCAUUGUUUCUUCAGAUUGCUUUGAUGGUGAUCACAGCUCUGAGGACACGGGACUAGCCGCUGGCCGAAGCCAACGAGAAAAGAAACGUUCUUACAAAGAUUUUUUAAGGGAAGAGGAAGAAAUCGCUGCUCAGGUCAGAAAUUCUUCCAAGAAGAAAUUAAAGGAUAGUGAGCUUUAUUUCUUGGGGACGGACACGCACAAGAAGAAAAGGAAGCACUCCUCUGAUGAUUACUACUAUGGAGGACAGUGGUUCUUGUUCUGAGUGCCGAUAAACCAGUGUGAAGGAGGAGAGAGGUGGAGGGCUGGUAUUUUGGAGGAUUCAGCAUAGAAGAACAGUCUUCAUUUGUGAUACACCAGACCUUUCGUCUUUGGAGUCGUCACAGAAGAAAAAGAAAAAGUCCAGCCCGCAGUCUGCCGAUACGGCCAUGGACCUGUUGAAAGCCAUCACUUCCCCGCUGGCAGCAGGCUCCAAGCCCGCCAAGAAGACGGGGGAGAAAUCCUCUAGUUCUUCAAGUCAUUCAGAGAGUAAAAAGGAACACCACAGGAAGAAAGUAAGUGGAAGCAGUGGGGAGCUGUCCCUGGAGGAUGGUGGUUCCCACAAAUCAAAAAAAAUGAAACCGCUCUAUGUGAACACAGAGACACUGACCCUUCGAGAGCCCGAUGGCUUGAAGAUGAAACUGAUUCUCUCACCAAAGGAGAAGGGAAGCAGCUCAGUGGAUGAGGAGCCUUUUCAGUGCCUCUCUCAACAAGCGGCUGUGAAAAAAUCCUCUAAGAAAUCAGCUCGGGAUGAGCCAGGUGCUUUACUCCUAGGACACGAGUUACAGAGCUUUCUGAAAACAGCCAGGAAGAAGCACAAGUCCUCCUCAGACCCGCGUUCCUCUCCCGGCCCCGAAGGCUGUGGGGCGGAUGGCUCCCAGUUCCCAGAAUCCCACAGUGCUAACCUUGAUCUUUCAGGACUGGAACCUAUUCUAGUAGAAUCGGACUCAUCCUCUGGUGGGGAGCUAGAGGCUGGGGAGUUAGUCAUCGACGACUCUUACCGGGAAAUCAAGAAGAAAAAGAAGUCCAAGAAGAGCAAAAAGAAGAAGGACAAGGAGAAGCAUAAAGAGAGGCGGCACUCCAAGUCCAAGAGAAGUUCAGGCCUCGCAGCUGCCACCGUGGGAGAGGUCGCAGUGGCACCCGGCCCUCCUCCCAGCGUCCCCCACCCUGGAGCCGCUGCCCCUCCCCAGCCACUGCCCAGCCUCCACACAGACGGGCAUGGUGAGAAAAAAAAGAAAAAAGAGGAAAAAGACAGAGAAAGAGACAGAGGAGAAAAGCCAAAAAAGAAGAACAUGUCAGCCUACCAAGUGUUCUGUAAAGAGUAUCGUGUAACCAUCGUGGCUGACCAUCCAGGUAUAGAUUUUGGGGAACUUAGUAAAAAACUGGCUGAGGUGUGGAAGCAAUUACCAGAAAAGGACAAACUGAUUUGGAAGCAAAAAGCUCAGUAUCUGCAACACAAACAGAACAAAGCAGAAGCCACAACUGUGAAAAGAAAAGCGUCCUGCUCAGAAGUUCCCGUGAAAGUGAAAGCUUCCUCUGCAGGAGUACUGUCACCCCAAAAGAAAUCCCCGCCCACCACCAUGCUGUUGCCAGCCUCUCCAGCCAAAGCCCCUGAGACAGAGCCCAUUGAUGUCGCUGCUCAUCUGCAGCUGCUGGGGGAGUCCCUGAGCCUCAUUGGACACCGCCUGCAGGAAACUGAGGGUAUGGUGGCCGUGUCCGGCAGUUUGUCAGUGCUUCUGGAUUCCAUCAUCUGCGCGCUUGGGCCCUUGGCGUGUCUGACCACACAACUACCUGAACUGAACGGCUGUCCCAAACAGGUCUUGUCAAACACACUAGACAACAUUGCUUACAUCAUGCCUGGACUGUGACAGCGAGGAGUCCCGGGACAGAGACCUUAUCCUCCCCCAUUGCUGGUUUGUGUAUAUAGGACUGUUCCAGAUCCCUUCACUGGCCUCCGGGUGUAGGUUUUAAAUUUUUAUAUAUAUACAUAUA